AUUAGCGAUGGCUCUGUUCAGUCUGACGGUGAGCCAGCAUGAAGAAUACCAGGACUCUGAAACUGGAACAGUUACAGGGUUCUCCCUACCAUAAAAACACUUAAGCGCUGCACCUAAGUGUCUCUGCAGAGCUCAGAAUCAGCGUAAAGUUUACUGCUAACCUGACUCUGCUCCCGAUGGCCAACACACCUGCACUUCCCAAGUGAAAGCCACACCAUUUCUCCUUCCUGCACUGUCCGCACAGAGCGCACCGAAUGCUUCAAACGUAGUAGCUCGGCCAAGAUGGAUGUGUUUAUGAAGGGUUUGUCUAAAGCAAAAGAGGGGAUGGCUGUGGCUGCCGAGAAGACCAAAGAAGGAGUCGCAGUUGCAGCUGAAAAGACUAAAGAAGGAGUUAUGUUUGUAGGUAACAAGGCAAAAGACAGCGUAGGCACAGUGGCUGAGAAGACCACCGGGGCAAUGGGGAACAUAGCUGCUGCCACUGGCCUGGUGAAGAAGGACGAGUUCCCCGCGGACAUGAAUCCUGAGGAGUAUGGGCAGGAGGCCAUGGAGGGCCAGGGAGAGGCAAUGUUGGAGCCAGAAGGGGAGACAUAUGAUGACACCCAGCAGGAGAGCCAGGAUUACGAGCCAGAAGCAUAAAAGCAUCAGUCCAAGCCUCCAUCCAACCAGCAGCACAAUAAUAUUUCUAAUAAUAAAAAGGACAAAUGCUGAAACUAUUACAAAUAUACCCCUGUUGCAAAAAAACAACAAAAAAGACAAGCAUUCCCACUGAAAAAUGUUCUUCCUUCAAGACAAAUCUUUUAUUAUUAUAUAUUGUAAAUGUCAUGUUAUUAAUGUAAUGUGUUGGGUGUAGGUAUUUAUUGAGAUGUAGGAUUUGUCCUCUCAGUCUCAUUUCCUUGAUUCCCUCCCAAUGAAAUGAGACCAGAGCCAGGGCUUUUGACUUUGUACUUGUGUGAAUCUGUAUUUAGAAACGUACAAUAGAUGUUCAUCAACUUCCAAUGAGACAUUGGGAGUGGAAAAAAUAAAUAUGUCCGGUUGCAAGCAGAUAUGAAUACAAUAAUAUCCCCUUAAGUGUCGACAAUGCCUGUUUGUGGGUUUUUUCUUUUUGCGUUUCUUUGGAAAUUUAUUUGAAAGUUUUUUGAGGUAAGAGUUUUUUACAUUGUAUCUUUAUAGUUGCUUGUGAAAUCAUUCCAGUAAACUAUCUGUUAGAAAUGGACAGAGUAUUCACGUUUGUGUGUGCGUGUGUUUGUGUGUACUGAAGAUUUUAAAAGGUCAAUAUAUUAUGUCUUGAAAUCAUACUGGUUGUCAUAUCAAUAUGUGUUUUAAAUUGCAGGACUUGUCAAUAUUAA